UUACUCUUGUCUUUACUUCUCUUUUUAAUUGUGUAUUUAAAGUUCAAUGUAUAAUAUACUGGGUAUCCUAAAUGUAAUUAUGUUUUCAAUGUACUUUUUUAAUGGACUUGAAUAAAUCAAAUCAAAUUGAAUUGAAUUGAAUUGAAUUGAAUUAUUAAAUGUUAAUAUCUAAUCCCCCAAAAUGAUAUAUCAAAUAUGUUACAAUCUUCCAAAACACUAGAAAGUAAUCUGCAGUCCUUCUCAACGACAAUAUAUAUUUGUAUAUAAUUAGGGUACAGAGGGUGUUAUAUAUACCAGUUUGAAAAAGAACCAUUCUCGAAAGUGUCGUGAAUAUUCAAGGGAUUGGACAAGGAAACCCUUGUGCAAACAAGUUUGCUUAGUGGAGACAACAAAAGGAGGUGUAUUGGCCAUUUGCAUUACCUCCAUUACACAUUAUCCUAUUAUUCUGGUCUUCAGUGACGUAAUAGCGCUGAAUGAUUAAAUUCCCUUUGCACAACGUACUUGUUGAGAGUAUAUUAAAUUAAUGUAAUUUCUCCGUUAGCUUCUGAGAUCGGUGGUAUACUGCUGCAAGGGUCUGAUCAGGUCAACAGAUAAUUACGUACUAGAUAGUCUACAAUAUGACAUGUUUUGAAGAACCGACCUUUUCGCUUGGUCAUUCGCUCUCCUCAUUAUGCUACAGUCAGUGGCAAACUGAUGGUAAAUCGGUGACAGAGCUGAGGAGAUUUCGGAGUUCUCAUUUCCAAAUUAAACGAAACUGUCAUUGGAUGUGCUUGGAAAGAGUGUCGUGCAUGAUGAUGAAAUUGUACAACAUCACAGCUAUAGGUACUACCACCACGUGCAUAUGACUCUUGCUUCAAGAUAACUCAUUGGAGUCUUCAUAGAUCUUUUUACUCCGUCUCAGAAUGAAGGUACCCAAAUCCUUGUUGAUUAAAACAUGUAUGAUCUCGUUAUGUCUAGGCAUUACGUGGCAUCUCGUCUUUACAUAUCUUAAAGAUGAUGUUUUCACCACGAAAAGAGAUGAUUUUAUCACGAAAAGAGAUGAUGAUUUCAUCUCGAAAAAAUUUGAUAAUUUCACCACGAGAACACUGAAGAGAAGCCUCGGGCACAUCGAAGAUGAGGUACUCAAUAUGGACGUUGAAAAGAUGUUGAAUUUUUUAGGAUUGAAAAAGGAUCUAAAUGUGAAAGACAGUCGCCUGGUUGGGAAAUUACUACGCAGUAUGAUAUCUAAUCGUGAAAAAUGUUUAAUUCGUAUUAUCAAGUACUGUGGCAAGCGGUGUGACCACAUGCUCGGUAAUGAUUUGAACCAUCAGACAAAAUGGAUUCGGUUCUCUUGUCCAUUUUCGGAAUCAUGCAGUAUCGAGACAAGAUUCGUCGGUGAGGCUGAUCUGACGAAGAGACUCAUGAAAUCGACUGACGUCCUCGUAUUUGUCGACUCCCUGCAUGAAGGUCUUCAUCUAAGUCAGCUGAUGGCGGAGCGACCACGCGGUCAACUAUGGGUGCUCUUGUCCCGCGAGAGCCCCCAACAUGACCAAGAGUACGCGCCUCCUGAAGGGGUAGGUAACCCGUAUAAUCUCACCAUGACCUACGCUUCGGAAUCCGACCUCUAUUUUCCAUAUUGCUACUUGCAAAGGAAACCGCUCGCCUCAGUGCUGGCCCAUGCCCCUCCCGCUCCCAGGAAGACCAAACUAGUUGCCUGGAUGGCAUCCAACUGCUAUCACCAUGUAUCCUGGCGACGUAGUGAGUUCGUCAAGGAGCUGCAGAAGUUCCUUCCCAUCGAUACCUUUGGAGAGUGUGGCGACUUGGGACGAUUGACAGACGUUAAGGUUCUGAGAGAUUACAAAUUCUACCUGGCGUUUGAGAAUAGUGAAUGCAGGGAAUAUAUCACAGAGAAGAUUUGGAGGACGUGUCUUCAGAAUGGAAUUGUGCCAAUCGUUUACGGCUCCACUCGCGAAGACUACGAGCAUGUUCUUCCACCCAAUUCCUUCAUCCAUCUCGAGGACUUUAGCUCCAUGAGCCACUUCGUCGAGUUCAUCUACGAACUCGAUAAAGACGAGGAAAGGUACCAACGGUAUUUUGAUUGGAGAAAAAACAGGAAAAUUGUCUGUCUUUCGUCGAGAUUCUUCAUCAUGUACGCCCCGGAAGUGAAUCUAUGUUACCUCUUGCGGAAGCUCAUCCAUGUCCAUGUGUUCCCGGAGAUUUCGUUGCAGAAGAGAGAGCCGGAUUUCAGAUCUUGGUGGCAAGGCAAGUGCACAGAUUCCACAGAAAGGAAGGAAGUUCUUGGUUUUGAUAUUCACCAACCUAUGAUUAAAGAGAAGAAGAUUCCAGCAAACCCCUAAUUGUAACUAAGUCACAACAGCGAUACCAUCGCUUUAACCGACAACAGACGGAACGAAAAAAUGCCCCACACAAUCAUGGCCAAGAAUCGAUCUCGGUUUGAAGUAGACGUGGAGUCGGCUUUCCGGUGCGACUGAGGUAUAUGAAUAUCGGUUCAUAUCCAUAAAAGCCUUACUUAGCUAGUUGUCGUACUAAUUAAAGGUUACAGCACAUAGUUGAAAACCAGGCUUAGUGAGGUUGUUUGAACUUAGGCCCAUUUAUUAUGUGUAUUUACUAGUAUUAAGUACCAGGAUAACCAUGGUUACUAUGGUGGAUGGUAAUUUGGACAAAAAAACAUGGUUACCACAGUCUUCUUUCAUCGUCUGUCUAAAGAGUUUACAUAUUGUGGAAACAAUGUGGUAGAGAAAAGCCCACGUGCAUAUUAAUUGGGAAAUAUCGAAAAUAUGACACUUUGACCUCAAAAUAUUCGUGUGCUGCUUUCAAAAGAUAUUGUGUACUUUUGUUAGUGAUGGUAACUGAAAAGUAAAAAUAUGAUAGAGAAAUUAAAGGUAAUUUGUUUGCCUUGUGCGAAUCGAAGUGGAUAAACGCUGCAUUCAAGCCUCAAAUCGGGAUUUAGUAUACAUAAUAGGUCUAUGCAUUUUGUAAGUAUCAUGUAUAUAUUUGCUUAUGUUUUUUUGCCCAUUCGCAUAUAUUUGCACAAUCUUUUGAAAAUGUAUAAUUGAGUAUGUUUGCAUAUUUUUUUUUGAAAUUUUACAUAUGAUUUGCCCAUGCUAUGUCAAUAAUAACGAGAUCUAAAAAUACCCCAAAAUCCAAAGAAGGAAAAUUUAAAAAGCCCUGUUCAUCACCUUUUGAAGUGAUGUAUUACAUAAUCCGAACAUUAAUUUUAUUGGCAAAACAAUACCUUUGAGUUGGUUUCUUUGUAUUCAAUGUUUCCUCAUGUCAUAUCAAUGUGCAAUUGCAGCUUAAUAACAAAUGUGGAGGGUAAUAGUGUGUAACAAUAGAUAUUACAUUAGUUAGCUGUCUUGUAAAAAAGGAAUUUAUAUAUAUAUAUAUAUAUAUAUAAAUUACAUUGUAGGGUAAAAUAACGUUGAAAGGGCAGACCUUCAUGUGUCAACUAAAAUAAUACAAGAAACCGCAUCACUCAUGAUGGCGGAUAAAUGUGGUAAAGAGGCAUACGUAAAGGUCGGGUGAUAGCCAAAUAUAAGUUGAUUCCUGUUGAUGUGUAGGCUGCAUACAACUCAUAUUUUGUUAUUCAACCAUCUG